AUGAAUGUGUGUUUGAGAAAAGUAAAAGGAAAAUCAGUGACAGUUUCAAAUGCUCUGAAUAACGAUUGCAUCGAUGAAAUGAUUAAACACGAUGCUGGCUACAGAAUGUUGGCAAAUAUUCCAACUUCUCCAGCAUACUGGGAGAAAAUAAAAAAGGACUCUUUUGCAGCGCUUCGUCAACUAGGCAAACCAACCAUUUUCAUGACACUUUCACCUGGUGAGAAACGUUGGCCUGAGCUCCUACAAGUCUUGUACAAAUUUCAUUACCAUCAAGAUAUUACGGUUGAAGAAGCCAUGCGUUUGAGUGACGAAAUAAAAACAAAGCUCGUCCGAAAUGACCCUGUUCUCUGUGCCCAAUACUUCAAGUUCAAAAGUGACAAAUUUAUAAAUUUAUUGCAAAAGUUACAUAGUAUCUUCGAUGAAUUUGAACUCAUUGACUACUACAUUCGAGUGGAAUUUCAAAAGCGAGGUGCACCUCAUAUACAUGUAAUGAUAUGGUUGAAAAAUGCACCAACACUUGAUCCAAACGACCUUAUCGAAUCGGAAAGACAAAUUAUCGCUUUCAUUGAUAGAUUCAUAACAUGUAUGAAUGAUAAAUCUAAUCCAUACGUUAGCUAUCAAUGUCACAUUCAUACGCACACAUGUCAAAAGAAGGUGCGAAAAGAAAAGAAGUGUCGAUUCGGAAUUCCGUUGCCAAUGAUGCCAGAAACCAAGAUUUUCUAUCCAUUGGAACCACAUGAAAGAGAAAAAAUAAAUCAACGAUUCAUCGAAGGAAAAGAAUAUUACAAAGCGAUUCAAAAAUUUAUGGAAGAUUUGUACAAGAACCCACGAGAAAUAUCAUUUGUCGACGCUUUGAAUGAACUCAACAUGACUGAAGAUUGUUAUUAUUACGCAAUUCGAACAACAUUGAAAUCAGCAAGAAUAUUUCUUAAGCGAGGAAGUAUGGAUGUAGGUGUAAAUGCAUAUAACCCCGACAUUCUCAAACUUUGGGAAGCAAACAUUGACGUUCAAUUCAUUCUCGAUGAAUUCGCUGUAGCGGCUUACAUGCUCAAUUAUAUCAACAAAAUUGAUGCAGGACUAUCGAAACUUUUACGACAAGCAGUGUCCGAUGCAGAUGCUGGAAAUCUCAGUUUACGUCAACGAUUUCAAAAGAUUUCGAAUAUAUUCGUGAAUGGAACAAUUCUAUCCGCCCAAGAAGCCGUCUAUUUAAAUUUAUCAAUGCCGUUGUCGAAGUUUAGUCGUGACGUAGUCUUCAUCAAUACAGGUCCGAUUGAUUCACGCGUCCAUAUGAUGAAAAGUAAGAAUGAAUUGGAGAAAUUGAAGGAAGCGAAUCCAAAUGACGAAAAUGUCACCGUUCCUGACGUAUUUGCCAAAUAUGCAGCGCGUGAAGAUAUGGAAAAUGUUUGUUUGGCCGAUUUUGUAGCAGAAAAGCGAGAACAUAAAGAAAAAAAUGGAAAAAUCACGUAUACUGAUAGAGAUACACCGAGAAUCAUUCGUUACGUGCGCUAUUCAAUAAAUAAAGACAAAGCAAACUUCUUCCGUGAACAGUGCCUACUUUUUCUACCGUGGCGAAAUGAAAAGAAAGACAUUGAACUUCAGAAUUGCGCCCAGCUGUACUAUACAAACAAAAUCAUCAUCGAACAAAAUCGGCAAAAAUAUGUCACCAUUUCUGAUGAAAGAAUCGACGAAGUUGUCAACGAAAUGAAAAUGAAUGAUGAAUUGGAUGCUGACAGCGAUGAAGACGACGAAGAAACUAAUGAUUUGAGGGAAUUCGUGCGUGAACUUGGAAAUGAACUUGACGUUGAUAUUGCGGCUCAAGCGGGCGAAACAACAAAAAAUGAAAAAGGAAAGCAAAACGAAACCAAUCGCUAUUUUAGUCCACAAAGAGUAACUGAAGUCGAUUUAAUUAACUUAUUGUUGCCUCUCAAUUCACAACAGCGAACGUUUGUAAUGCAUAUCUUGAAACACAUUCGAACCAAACCAAACGAGCCGUUUUAUUAUUUCUUGAGCGGUGCAGCUGGCGUAGGCAAAAGCACUGUGAUUAAUGCACUUUACCAACUCAUAACUAAGCAUUUUGAUGAUCUUCGUGCAGCCCAACCAGACAAACUUAAAGUCUUACUCACAGCACCUAGUGGCAAAGCCGCUCAUUUGAUUCAUGGAACCACCUUGCAUACAGCCUUUUCUCUACCCGUAAAUCAAUAUGGUGGGCAACUUGCGCCACUUUCAAGUGAUUUAGCAAAUGCAGUUCGUGUUCAGCUUCGUGAAGUAAAACUUGUAAUUAUGGAUGAAUGUUCAAUGAUUGGCACAAAAAUAUUUCACCAAUGCCAUCACAGAUUGGUUCAAAUUUUCGGCAAAAAUGAACCCUUUGGAGGUGCUUCGAUUAUUGUCGUGGGAGACAUGAAUCAAUUGUCACCAGUCGGUGAUCAAAAGAUCUUCGUUCCAAUGCGAAACAUAAAUAACACGGAAAUUGGCGCACUCUUCGGUCCCAUAUCUCCAUUGUGGGAACACUUUGAGUACUUUGAACUCACGCAAAUCAUGAGACAAAAAGACGAAGCUCAAUUUAUUGUUGCCUUGAAUAAUCUUGCUGCCGGAAAAAUGACACCCGAAGAUAUUGCAUUCAUUAAAUCGCGUCAAACUCAAGAAGAUUUAGUACCAUUGGAAGCGAUUCGCCUGUUCCGAUCAAAUGCAGAUGUCGACAAUUUCAAUGAAAUGGCAAUUCAAAAGGCCUGGGGUGAAACGAUCAAAUGUGAAGCAAUCGAUCGCAUUGAUGGCAAACCGAAUAUACAUGUGAAACAAAGAACAUUGCUUGCACUGAAAAACCGCAAAAGAAGUGAAACAUUCGGUUUGGCUCACAACAUCGAUCUAAAAAUUGGAAUUCGAUAUAUGAUAACCACUAAUAUAGACAUAGAAGAUGGCAUUGUAAACGGCGCUUGUGGUGUAUUGAAAUACAUUCAGUUCGAAGAGAAUCAGCCAAACAAACCAAAAACGCUAUUUAUGGACUUUUCAUCAGAUCGAGUCGGUUCCAAGGCACGAAGAGAAUACAAACACAAUCUUGGAGAUAUUGUUCACGAGUCUUGGGUACCAAUACAAAGAACGGCUAGAGAGAUUUCGAUGUCAAAAGGUGCCAAAUUCCAAGUAUUUCGAAUUCAAUUUCCAAUCAUGGCAGCCGAAGCGUUAACAAUUCACAAAUCGCAAGGCUCAACGUGUAAUUGUGUUUGUGUAAAUGUAGAAAAAACUUUAAAUCGAGAACUGCUCUAUGUCGCGUUGAGUAGAGUUACAAAAAUAAAUGACAUGUUCAUCAUUGGAACGUUCACAGCGCCACCAGCACCAAGAAAGAAUGAUCCAACGGUAGUGGAAAUGAAACGCUUGAAAUCCGAACGACCGCUCAGUUUGAACUUCAAUACACUCGAUGCAAAGACUGGACUUGUCGUUGCCUAUCAUAAUGUGGUGUCGUUCCCAAAAUACCAUCAACACAUUGCAAAUGAUCAAUGGUACAGUAAAUGCGAUGUUUUGAUUCUAUCCGAAACGCAUACAACCUCAAAAUUUCAACCGCAUUUGCCUAAUUUCGAACUUAAAUUUCGUUCAGAUGAUUUCGACACUCCACAAAAACGCGGCAUUUUUGUUUUCGCCAAACCAGACAUUAACAUUCAAAAUAUUUUCCACAAAAUCGAAGAAUCUGAUUCAAAAGCGAGUGCCAAAUUCCAUUCAGACAUCAUAGUAUUGAAAAUCAACGACAUAGCUAUAAUAACCGGAUACAAAUCGCCGAGAACAAGCAACGCCAUAUUCGAAACACAGUUGAAAGAUGCUUUUUCUUCGUUGGAUUCAUCAUUAAUUCAGCGAGUAUUAAUUGGUGACUUCAAUUUCAACAUGAAUCAAACACCCAACUUUCUAUCAAAUGUGAUGCCGCAAUUCAACAUGUCAAGUAAGCUUGCAUCAACUGACGAAACAACAAAGUAUAACACUCAAAUCGAUGUCGUUUUUGCAAACUUCGAUCACAUCAUGGCUGGAACAUACGAAUCAUAUUUUUCCGAUCAUAAGCCAAUUUAUUUCAUGCUCACAGAUCCGCAAAAAUCGAGACCUAUGAAACCUGUUACACAACCUGUCAACAAGCCCAUUAAAUCCAACGAGCCGAUCAAAAUGAAGAAUCUUGUAAUAAAACUGGACAGAGUUAAACUGCCAAGUGUAACUACCGAUCUUAGCGUACGGCAACCAGUUCGAAAAGUGCAAGAAGUACCAAAUACAUCUAAAUCCAACGAUGACAAUGUGAUUGUCAUUCCUGAUUCAUCGCAAACGCCAGCUUCAAAAGUGCAAGAAGUGCCAAAUACAUCUAAAUCCAACGAUGACAAUGUGAUUGUCAUUCCGGUUUCAACGAAAACACCGGAACAAUUAGCGAGAGAACGAGCUAUGACAAUUGAAGAACAACGCAUAGAAAAUUGCAACUACAUUCGACGCCGGCAUUCGUAUCUUCAAGAUAGACACAUAGAUGCAUUUAUAAAUGUGGUCAAUAGUACAGGAAAUUGGUCUAUGUUGAGCAUCUUGUAUGUUCAAAGAAUUUCCAUGUAUUAUCAGGAUUUUGCAGUGGUCGACGAUGUCCAAAUUAUUUUUGAAGGAGCUGCUGGCAUAUCGAAUGUCGGCCAUUACAUUUGUGUUCAUUUCGUGUAUGCUGAACAAACAGUGUACAUUUACGACAGUCUGUAUUACUGCAAUAUAAGUCCACGAUGUCGAUCCAUUCUGCGAGGUCGAUAUGGACAAAACAUACGAAUUGUUUACAUAAAACCGCAAACACGUCAACCCGACCUUCGUGCAUGUGGAGUAUUCGCCGCUGCAUACGCCACUACUAUUGUAUUAGGACUUGAUCCCCGAACAUAUUCAUUGAGAUUGGGAAACUCGCGCAAUCCAGCCAACCGAGAUAUGACAACAGAUUUGCGAUACCAUUUAGCCGACAUAAUCGAAAAUAAUCAACUUUCUCCAUUUCCAUCUCAGUGA